AUGGAGGGCGACGGGGUGCCGUGGGCGAGCGAGCCCGUUUCGGGUCCCGGCCCGGGCGGCGGCGGAAUGAUCCGCGAGCUGUGCCGGGGCUUCGGCCGCUACCGCCGCUACCUGGGCCGGCUGCGGCAGAACCUGCGCGAAACCCAGAAGUUCUUCCGCGACAUCAAGUGCUCCCACAACCACAGUUGUCCCUCCUCCCCCACGGGCAGCGGCGGGGCCGAGCGCGGCCCUGCCGGCGACGUCGCCGAGACCGGGCUGCAGGAGGGCCAGCUGAGCUGCAUUGCCUUUCCAGCUAAGGAAGAGAAAUACCUCCAGCAGAUUGUGGACUGCCUGCCCUGCAUCUUGAUCCUCGGCCAGGACUGUGACGUCAAGUGCCAGCUGUUGAACCUGCUGCUGGGGGCGCGGGUGCUUCCCGCCAGGCUGGGCAGCGAGGAGAGCUGUAAGCUGCGGCGCCUCCGCUUCACCUAUGGGACUCAGACUCGGGUCAGCCUGGCACUCCCCGGCCAGUACGAACUAGUGCACACGCUGGUUGCUCACCAGGGCAACUGGGAGACCAUCCCCGAGGAGGACCUGGAGGUCCAAGAGGACGGUGAAGACACUGCCCACGUUUUAGCCGAACUGGAGGUGACGAUGCACCACGCUCUCUUACAGGAAGUGGACAUUGUGGUUGCACCGUGCCAGGGCCUCCGGCCUGCAGUGGAUGUCCUGGGCGACCUGGUGAACGAUUUCUUGCCUGUGAUAACCUAUGCACUCCACAAGGACGAGCUCUCUGAGAGGGACGAGCAAGAGCUUCAGGAAAUCCGAAAGUAUUUCUCCUUUCCCGUGUUCUUUUUCAAAGUGCCGAAGCUGGGCUCGGAGAUCAUUGCCUCCUCUCCCAGACGGACAGAGAACGAAAGGUCACCGCUCCAUCACCAGCUGGCCGACCUGGGCUAUCUGAGCAGCAGUCACUGUAACUGCGGGGCUCCUGGCCAAGACACUAAAGCUCAGAGCAUGUUGGUGGAACAGAGUGAGAAACUGAGGCACUUGAGCACCUUUUCUCACCAGGUGCUACAGACUCGCUUGGUGGACGCGGCCAAGGCCCUGAACCUGGUGCACUGCCGCUCCCUCGACAUCUUUAUUAACCAGGCCUUUGAUAUGCAGCGGGACCUGCAGAUUACUCCCAAACGUCUGGAAUAUACUCGAAAAAAGGAGAACGAGUUGUAUGAAUCACUGAUGAAUAUUGCCAACCGAAAGCAGGAGGAAAUGAAGGACAUGAUUGUUGAGACGCUGAACACCAUGAAGGAGGAACUUCUGGACGACGCUGCCAACAUGGAAUUUAAAGAUGUCAUCGUCCCUGAGAACGGAGAGCCAGUGGGCACCAGAGAAAUCAAAUGCUGCAUCCGGCAGAUCCAGGAGCUCAUCAUCUCCCGGCUGAAUCAGGCGGUGGCUAACAAGCUCAUCAGCUCGGUGGAUUACCUGCGAGAGAGCUUCGUCGGGACCCUGGAGCGGUGUCUGCAGAGCCUGGAGAAGUCCCAGGACGUCUCUGUUCACAUCACCAGUAAUUAUCUCAAACAGAUCUUAAAUGCCGCCUAUCAUGUUGAAGUUACGUUUCACUCCGGGUCCUCGGUUACAAGGAUGCUGUGGGAGCAAAUCAAACAGAUCAUCCAGCGCAUCACAUGGGUGAGCCCACCCGCCAUCACACUGGAAUGGAAGAGGAAGGUGGCUCAGGAAGCCAUCGAGAGCCUCAGUGCCUCCAAGUUGGCCAAGAGCAUCUGCAGCCAGUUCCGGACCCGACUCAACAGUUCUCACGAGGCUUUUGCAGCCUCCUUGCGACAGCUAGAAGCUGGCCACUCAGGCCGGUUGGAGAGAACAGAAGAUCUGUGGUUGAAGGUUCGCAAGGAUCACGCCCCCCGCCUGGCCCGCCUUUCUCUGGAAAGCCGUUCUUUACAGGAUGUCUUGCUACAUCGUAAACCUAAACUGGGUCAGGAACUGGGCCGGGGCCAGUACGGUGUGGUGUACCUGUGUGACAACUGGGGAGGACACUUCCCUUGUGCCCUCAAGUCGGUCGUCCCCCCGGAUGAGAAGCACUGGAACGACCUGGCUCUGGAGUUUCACUACAUGAGGUCUCUGCCGAAGCACGAGCGCCUGGUGGACCUCCAUGGCUCCGUCAUCGACUACAGCUACGGCGGCGGCUCCAGCAUCGCCGUGCUGCUCAUCAUGGAGAGGCUGCACCGGGACCUGUACACGGGGCUCAAGGCCGGGCUGGCGCUGGAGACGCGGCUGCAGAUAGCGCUGGAUGUGGUGGAGGGGAUCCGCUUCCUCCACAGCCAGGGGCUUGUCCACCGCGAUAUCAAGCUAAAAAACGUCCUGCUGGACAAACAGAACCGUGCCAAGAUCACUGACUUAGGGUUCUGCAAGCCAGAGGCCAUGAUGUCGGGCAGCAUUGUGGGGACACCAAUCCAUAUGGCCCCCGAACUUUUCACAGGGAAGUACGACAACUCCGUCGAUGUCUACGCUUUCGGCAUCCUCUUCUGGUAUAUCUGCUCGGGCUCCAUCAAGCUCCCGGAAGCAUUUGAGAGGUGUGCCAGCAAAGACCAUCUCUGGAACAAUGUCCGAAGAGGGGCCCGGCCCGAGCGUCUGCCCGUGUUUGACGAGGAGUGCUGGCAGCUGAUGGAGGCAUGCUGGGACGGUGACCCAUCCCAGAGGCCCCUCCUGGGCAUCGUGCAGCCCAUGCUCCGGGGCAUCAUGGACCGGCUGUGCGCGUCCACUUCCGAGCGACCGAACAGAGGACUGGACGAUUCUACUUGAGAGCGGAGACCUUUCUCUUUUACUCUCUGUUUCUCUCCAUCCCCUCACCUUUCGGCCAUGGGAAGAAUUGGACAUUUAUUCAGAGAGCGCCCAAGGGAACUGAUGCUCACUGGGCAGCUUGACACCUUCCCAGGCAGAGACUCGUGCCAGGUAGCGGAGAGACGGCUGGCCGUCGGGGCGCCUUCAGCCGCUCGCUGAUGCCCCACGCUGCCGCGGCAGCAAAAGAUUGUCUAGGACACGUAAGCGCUGCAGAAUGCAGCGGUCCGGCCCCGGAACUGAUAAGGAGGCAGAUGUGACCGUUGCCUCCUCGCCGGGCGUUGCUGAGACGAGCGGGGCACUGUGGUAGUGAUAGUAUUAAAAACUAGAAUUCCCAUCAUUUCGGCUCUAGCUAGGAAUAGUUCGGUUCUAUCCAGUCGUCAGGACCCCUAGGAAAUUUGAACUUAGUUCUGAGAUUGUGAGAACGUCGGGGCAGAAAAAUAACUUCCGCUACCCGCGGCCAGAGAUCUCAGGCCGCAGCAGCCAGAGGCGGGGUGUCUGCCGCUGCAGGGGCCGGCGUGUUUACUGUGUGGGACCGACCUCCCUGACUUCCAGGGGAGCCUUUCGUGGGUCACAUCCCCAAGGGGCUGCAAAAAGAAGGGAAAACAAACGUGUGCACGCGCAUAUGUGUAUAUAUACGUAUGCGAUUGGAUUUUGAGUUACUGGUAAACCCCAGGACACAAUCUUUUUCUUCCCUUCAGUCUUGAUUUUUUUUUUCCUUUUGGUCUCAACAUGGGGAAGGUCCAGUUAACGUGACCUGUGGGGAUGAGUGUCCGAGUAACACUGACCAGUGUGUGUGGAGCAUCUGGUAAAACCGAGAAGGCGCAGUGGCCUGGAGGCCGUGAGCCUCCACGCGGACUUCCUAGAAGGAGACCACGUUGUUCCUAAAACUUAAAAAGAAUCAAAAACUCUUGUUUUUGUGUUUGAAUCUAACAUACUGAUGUUUUUAAACUUGGGUCAAUGAGCUUUUUAACCAAGAUCCCUUCUGCCACCUGUCCCUUCUUUUUAGCUUAUUUUGAAUAGAAUGCAAGAAGAAAAGCACCAGAUGAAAGAGAUGCUCUUUGUAGCCCCUGGCCUGUGUGUUAGCCUCUGGGGCGCUUCCCCUCCCCCGCAGUUGGGAGGUGGGGUGGCGGGCUCUCGGAGAGGUCCUCAGGCUACCUGUAUACACAGCAAGAGAAAUUCUGAAGGGGACCAGGUUAAAUACCGGUGCAUCUCAGAUCUGGACUUUGAGCCUCUCUCAACCAAAAUGGUCCAUUAGAUUUAGAAAACCAGGCAGGUGAAGGAAUAGACAGUGGAGGUGAGGAGCCUCUGUCACAUCUGCCUAGUCCCCAAGUGCUGGGGUCUCUCCCCUGUGCCUGGCCCCCAGCUCUGGCCCUCAGUAGGUGUGUAAGAAACCCAGCAGACUUGCUGCUGGAAUUGUGUGGGGUCAUUUCUGAGAGAAUGACCGUCUCUUAAAUAUUAACAGAGUAGAAAUGGAAUCUACAAGAAAUUUCCCAUGUAACUUUUAAAGUUCACUGUUAACUCUCUGGCUCUCCUGGGCUCUGAUUAUGAUACAUUUGAGCAUCGUAACCCUCUGACGACUUGGAGCCCUGCAGAAACGCCAGAUAGUGCAAAAAACCUCUCUCCCUGCGAAGGAUGAGGUGGCAGACCCAGUGCCUCUGGGUUCUGUGAGCGCCAGCCUUGUGUUGGUGGGACAUUCGGUAGAUCUCUUAGAUGUGUUAACACCUAUUUAUAGCUUUACUUCUUCAAGUCAUCACCCUGUUCUUGUCAGCAUUAAUUCGGUUGUCCUUCUGGAAACAAUGGUGGGCCCUCCAGGAAGCCAGAGUUCAGGUUUAAAAAGGAGAGGUGAGUUGUGUCUCCCUGCCGGAAAAAUCAGUCUUCGGGUCUGUUCUGUAUGAAAUUUCAUAAAGGUCUUAGAUACUUCCCUUUUCCAGCCAGUCUUCCUUUCCUCUCACUGGGGUCAGGAGUCUGUGCCUCCACACUGGAAGGAAGUCUCAUUCCUAACACUCUUCUGAAGUCUUAGUUCCUGCCCCCCAUUCGUGCAGGGUGGUUGGUGAGGGGUCAGUUUUCCUCCACCCAGUGUCCCUUGUCAGCUCUCAGACCUCAAUUUCCUAGCAGAUAUGCACAUGUUUUGCCUGAGUCAAGAGGAAGGAGAAUGGGAGGGACCAAUGCUAAGUAUGACAGUAGUUGUGUUAACAAUUCAUUAAAAAAAAGAAAGUAUUCUGAGAAAAGGUGCAGAAUAUUCCUGAAAAUUUCCAGGCCAGCCAAAGUCCACAUAUAGAUACGAAGAGGUGUUAUUUAAACACUCAGCAGGCUGAGUGCAGGAAUGCAUAUAUAUAUAUAUAUAUAUAUGUAUAUAUAUAUAUAUAUAUAUAUGCAACACAUGCAUACUUUGCUUUUGUUUUAUAACAUUGUCCGCUAAUUUGGGAUUCCUUAUUCCUUGGCACCUGUUAUUGCUAAAGUGAUGGAAUGCCAUGGAAUGUACUGUACUGUAUAUUACUUGGGAAGACACUAGGUAUUCAAAAAAGUCUGGGAGGGCGGGAUUUGGGCUGUAGAGGGCUCGACAAGACCAAAGUCCUGAAGCUUUUACCUCCUAGAUUUGGUUGUACGUGCUCCCGAGGGGUGAGGUGAGAUUGUGGCUGGGGGAGGAGGAAGGAUGGCCUGCAAGAAUCUUCCCUUACCAUGUUCUGUCCUUCUCGUCAAUACCAUUAGGGCAGUUUACCCCAGCCUUAAAAUGAUCACCUGGCCAUUUUUAAUGCGCUUGAAGUCCAGUCACUUGCGUUACUUCAGAACCAAGCGAGGGACCUUCUUGCAGUGCAAUCAGAAAAAAUGAUGAAGCCUGGAGCCCCAGAGUGGCCGACCCUGUGCCCAGGGCGCUGGCCGCAAGGUCAGCCAGGCAUGAGUUGGGGAAUGCUUGCCUGGGUGAGGUAUCCACGGGCAUGCGGCUCACGGACCGAGCAAGCCUUCCGCCUCCCUGGAAAGGAGGGCAGUGCUGGCUCUUCCUGGACCAAAGAGGAUCACUUGUGACUUUGUCAGUUUCAAGGGGACAGAGCUUGGGUCGCAGCUUCUCCUAAUUUUUUAACACUAAAGUUCCAGGAAACAGUGAAGGAGAGGAUGUUAUGACUGUGACAGAUGGAAACAGGAUUGGUGGAACUCUCCACUAGAACCCAUCAGCUGUCCAGUGCAUUUGGAUGCAUCUUUACUUGAGCUGCCAAAGAGGGGCCAGGAGUCUUUCCCCGGUGAGAGAAGAGGUUUGGGGUGGCAGGGCUCCAAAGUGGUAACUGCACUGCAUGACACUUUAUUAUUAUUAUUAUUAUUAUUAUUAUUAUUAUUAUUGGCUUAUUAUUUAGCACUGAGAAGCCAAGAGGGAUUGGUGAUUACAGUAGCCCCUGGGGAGGGGCGAUUCCCUCCGUCAGUGCUCUGGAGAGAAGGCAUGCCUGGCCUCCCGGCUGGCUCAUCAGGGAACCCCACAGUCCUUACUGCUUCAGAGUGGGAUAAACGGCCCUCGAGUCCUUUGCCAAAAGAGCAGUUGCUUCUUUGAGCUCUCAAAGCUUGGUUUUUGGAUUUGCUGGAUCAAGUACGCCACUUUUUCUUUAAAAGAAAAAGACGAAAGUGGAUUUUGCCUUCUAAUUGCCGGGGGGAGUGGUUUGGGCCAGUGCUGCAGUGAGGUGGUAAGGAGGGGGUAACCUUCAGAAAUUUGUAUUGCGCACUCCUUUGGGGGUUGCAGGUAGCACUACUGUUCUUAAAAGGGUUUUAUGUUUCACUUCAUCUGCUUUGUCAACAUCUUGUCCAGUUGAGAGGAGUGUAGAGACCAUUUGAGAAGCUGGCAUUGGGGGAGGCCACCUGACUCGGAGGGUUGAAAACAAAAUUGGUCUGGACGGCUUCUUAUCUCUUACCUUUAUGUAAUAUUUUUGUUUGUUUCAAAAGGACUAAUGUCUUUUACAGUGUUAAAAGCGUCACGUACUGAGUGUGUCAAAUGAAAGUGCAAUAACCGAAGGAUGUUACCUUGGCCCAAACCCAGUCCUUCUCUCCCUUCUUGUGCCGCCUCGAUCUGUAACAUGGCACACAGGACCGCGUGUGUUUUUAAGAGACGUAACUUUGGGUUACGUCUUCGUCUAGUGUAAUUUUGAGUGGUCGGGUUUGGUUUUAUAGAGUUCUGUACACCUGUUGGGGUGCACAUGUGCUGUAUAAUAAAGAUCACAUUAACGUUUCA